UUGCCCUCUUCGUUCCCUCCCAUGACCCAUCCUCCAAGCUCUUCAUUUCUCGAGGGUAAUUUCGUCCCAACGCAUUCUCCCACCUUUGACCAUCAAGAUAAGAAUUAAACAACCCAAUCCUCGGCCUUGCUUGCUUUGCUUUCCUUCGGCGUGAAACCCAAGUUGCCUUUUUUUUUUAUUGAUUUGGAUUCUGGUUUCUUUUUCAUUUCUGGGUGUCUUAAGAGUUCCGUCAAAAAAUUUUGUUUCUUUUUUUGGUUUUUGGUUGUGGGUAUGCUGGUAGAGAGAAGGAGAGUGAUGACAUGGAGAAGGGUGGGGAAGUCUCUGCAGGCGCUGGUUGCCCAUGUCUUGCUCUUCUCCUUCACCCUCUUGCUCGCCCUCAAGCUUCAUCAUGUCCUCUCUUACUCUUGGUGGGUUGUGUUUUCCCCUUUAUGGCUUUUUCAUGCAGCUGUGGCGCGUGGUAGGUUUUCUUUGCCUGCUCCAUCGAUGCCUCACGAUCGCCAUUGGGCUCCAUUUCAUGCUGUCACGUCAACGCCAUUGCUUGUUGCCUUUGAGCUACUUUUGUGUAUACAUCUUGACAGCAGCUAUGUUGUUAGUUUGAAGAUUGUCUUUCUUCCCCUGCUUGCAUUUGAAAUAGCUAUUCUGAUUGAUAACAUCAGGAUGUGCCGAGCUUUGAUGCCUGGAGAUGAGGAAAGCAUGAGCGAUGAAGUGAUAUGGGAAACCCUUCCUCAUUUUUGGGUUGCAAUAUCUAUGGUCUUCUUUAUUGCUGCCACAACUUUCACUCUUUUGAAGUUAUGUGGUGAUGUUGCAGCUCUAGGCUGGUGGGAUUUAUUCAUAAAUUUUGGUAUUGCAGAGUGUUUUGCCUUUCUUGUAUGUACAAAGUGGUACAAUCCAGCAAUUCAUCGAAAUUCUCACCUUGGGGAAUCCAGCUCGUCUUCAAUGACUAUAAGAUAUCUUGACUGGAACAGAGGUUUGGUAAUAUCUUCCGAUGAAGACAGCCACCAGAACAGCAGAAUAUGCAACCUGCAGGAUAUUGGAGGACAUGUUAUGAAAAUUCCAUUUAUUUGUUUCCAGAUCAUGCUUUUCAUGCACUUAGAGGGUACACCACCUAGUGCAAGAAAUAUAUCAACUCCAGUCCUUUUCUCGCCCCUUUUGCUGCUACAAGGAGUUGGUAUUGCUCUUGCUGCAUAUAGAUUAAUUGAGAAAAUUGUUACUUUACUACAUAGUGGAGCUGGUUCUGGAAGAUACAUUGAUAUAGCAUCAAAAGUUUGUGAAUUUUUUGGGUUCUUGCACCAUGGUUCAAGGUUACUGGGUUGGUGGUCAAUUGACGAAGGAAGUAGAGAGGAACAGGCUAGGCUUUACUGUUCAGGGACAUCUGGAUAUAACACUUUCUCACCUGAUAUCGUGAAGAAAAGACCGAAGUCGGAUCUAGUUGAGGAGAUUUGGAGAUUACAAGCUGCACUCGGUGAGCAGACUGAAGUCACCAAGUACAGCCAGCAGGAGUUUGAAAGACUUCAAUAUGAAAAGAUUCUGUGUAGAGUUUGCUUUGAGGAACAGAUCAAUGUAGUCCUCCUGCCAUGUAGACACCAUGUCCUCUGCAGAACUUGCUGUGAGAAGUGCAAAAGGUGUCCAAUCUGCCGUGUUUCUAUUGAAGAGCGACUGUCGGUGUAUGAUGUCUAGUCUUCAAAUCACGUGUAGGAAGCUUGUGUAAAAUUUUCCGAAUCGUUAAAGAAUUGCUUGUGGUUUUUGAUGAAGCAAGCGUUGAGAAGCUGGCCAUUCUGGUUUCUCCAAAAGUGAUAUAAUUGUGUUAUGCCAUUCAAGAAUUGUAAAUGACUUGGUGCGCUAUUGAAUGGAUACAAUUAGUGAGUUUGA